AGGGAGAGGGAGAGGGAACGCGCCGCGCGAAAAAGACUGUCGCAUGUUCCUCCGAAGUCCCGGCGCCGCGCGGUAGUGAUGGAUGAACAAGGUGCCGCACUGAUCGCGCGCGAGACUCGAACUAGUCGCGACGACCACCGCGCGGCGUCUCUCUCUCUCGCGCAUUUGCCGCUUUUGACUCGUCGAUCACACACAGCGGUGCUUCUUGAUCGUUCUUGAGCCGCCGCGUACACGACGCCGGGGGCCGGGGACGUCGGGGAGGAAACGGCCGCUCUCGGAGAGAGCCGAGCCGGCAGCGCGAGAUUCCCACGCGGCACCACGUGCGCCAGCAAGUCCUCCCUUUCCCUUCCCGCCGCGCGAUUCCCGAUUUCUGUCAUCCCGCUGUCAGCCGGCUCUGACUCGAGGCCGACUCGACUCCGACGCGCACGUGUUGUGCGUGGUGUGGUGCGCGGUCCUCGCGAGAGAACGCCAGCUCCGGACGGCACUUGGCACUCCGGCGGCCCCCAGUGACAUGUGCGCCGUCGCCGAUUCGCCGGCGUCUAGUGCCUGAAGUGGUGUGUACACGCGAGUGCGAGCAAUCCGCGGCAACCUCACCGACGCGGAGCCGUCGGCUUACGCUCUUCCUUAACGCUCUCGUGCCGGCUCAAGCUGGAGGUCAUAGUAGGCAUAGGGAUGUUUCCGCCGCGUACGGAGGCGCCGACAGCCGACAAGCUGACGCUGUGCUACGCGCCCCACGUCGACAUGACGACGGUCAUCGAGGUCGAGGACCGUCUGACUGGUCAUGGGGGCAUUUCCUCGCUGGGCGGCGGCAACUCGUCGCCCUAUUCCGGCGCCCAUCACCACGGACACCGGGGAAACGGAAACGGGGGCGGUAUGCCCCACCACGGGGGCGCCUCGUUGCCGACUGCCUCCGACUUCCAACCACCUUACUUCCCACCCCCGUUCCCCUCGCACCACCAUGCGCCCGCCAGCCCCCAGCACCCCAGCCUCGGCCAACCGCAACACCUGGAUUACCUCGUCGGCGAUCCCUACACGCAAACGCUCAACACGCUGCACCAGCACCACUACAAUCACCUGAGCGCCGCCGUCACCGCCGGCCAGAGGAGCGGCGACCUCAGGAGAGACGCCGAGGGCAUCCACGUGACGAACAUGCACGCGUCGUUCCCAUACGACGGCGGACGCAGCAGCGGCGGGGGCGGCGGCGGCGGCGGGGGCGGCGGCGGCGGCGGCGGAGGUGGUGGAGGUGGAAGGGGCGUCGAGUAUGGCGCCGUACGUCGCCCUGAUGCCCUCCUACCGCCUCCGGGCCUCGACCAAACCGACCUCGUUCUGCACAGCAGCCUCGUUGACGACCCCCAGGUGAGCGACGAUAACACAAACGUGGACGAUGGAGGGUUCAUGAACGACCUGCCGCUGUUGAAAAAUAUGAAACCAUCGGACAGGAGCGAGAAGACCAUGUUGAGCGGAAACGCGCAACCGUCGGACGUGUUCUGCUCGGUCCCGGGACGAUUAUCGUUACUAAGCAGCACCAGCAAGUACAAAGUUACGGUAGCAGAGGUACAAAGACGGCUAUCGCCUCCGGAAUGCCUGAACGCGAGUCUCCUCGGCGGCGUACUCCGAAGGGCGAAGUCCAAAAACGGCGGACGUCUGCUUAGGGAAAAACUGGAAAAAAUUGGCCUAAAUUUGCCAGCCGGCAGAAGGAAGGCGGCCAACGUUACGCUCUUAACAUCUUUAGUGGAAGGAGAAGCUAUUCACCUCGCCAGAGACUUCGGCUACGUGUGCGAGACCGAAUUCCCGGCGAAGCAGGUCGCCGAGUACCUAAGUCGGCAGCACUGCGAGCCGCAGGAUUCCUACAGGAGGAAAGAACUUCUUCAUGCCACCAAACAAAUCACCAAAGAGCUGAUGGACCUUCUGAACCAGGACCGAUCGCCGCUUUGCAACACGCGACCGCAACACAUCCUCGAUCCCAGUAUACAGAGACAUCUCACCCAUUUCUCGCUCAUAUCACACGGAUUCGGAAGUCCCGCGAUCGUGGCCGCCCUAACGGCUAUACAGAAGUUCCUAAGCGAAUCUUUGAAUCAUCUGGAGAAGAUGUACCCGGGGAACGGCAGCGGCGUGACAAGCAGUCAGCAGUCGAAUCUCGACACGAACAAGAGCAAGGACGGCACGCUGAUGAACGACAUGAAGAAGUGACGCCCGGAAGACCCGCCUACCUCGAACGUGGUCACGUCGAUCAGGCACUCCUGGCCGUAUGAAUGAGCCUGGCCGCGCGUCAAGCGUCCGUCGCGGAAAGCUCUCUCGCAGUGGACCACUGGAAGAACCGCGUACACGCGUCGUAGACGGACGUGCGGCGAGGCACUCGCGCGCUCGCGACGCGCCGCCGUGUUCGACGACGGUGCCGUACGCCCGAGGUUGGCUGGUCGUGAAGGCUUCUCUGUUAGGCAAUUCGACACGCAGGGUAUGCGUCGUAUGCGUGCGAUGUAACGUGCAAUCAGGGAUAUAGUCGGUGGUUAGGGAACGGGAGGACGAACAUUCCCACUCGUGACGGAGCCCGUCGGGAACUUAGGGACGAGGGACUCGACUCUUUCUCGCUGGUCGCCUUUUCCGACACGUACGAAGCGUCUUCUUGCCGCUUUCUUUCUGUAGUAUUUUGUGUAAUCCCUCCGCGCACAUUAGCUAGCGGCUACCUUUCCGUUUCUUUUUUUCAAGCCCGUCGCGCCGGCUAUUUUGUAGUCGCGUGUGUGGUUGACAGUCGCGACCGCAAAGUGUCGUUAUCUGCUGUGCGGGGUGGAAAGAAACGGUCGCUGGUGCAUACGCGAGCGGGUACAAUGAGUAAAGGGGGGCUGAUAAUAAUAAAUACGCGUGUACGCGAUAAACAGGAAGAGAAGCGAGAAUACGAAAGGAAUGUAAACGGGUAGCAAUCAUCCGAUUUCCUAGAUUUAUCGCGCUGAUUCACCACCUCGUUUCCGUCGAAAGUUUCGCACGAGAGAAGCGUGGCUUGUGUAAAAACGGAGGAGGAGGGACGAAAGAGUCGCGUGAAGAUAAUCUCGCGAAGAUAAUUACGAUAGUCGUCGAACGCAAGGAACUUAGUGCAAUUGUUACUAUUAAUGUUAAUUCGAGCGAUUCUCUCGCAACAUUCUCGCGCGAAUCCGCGAUCGUCUCAUUACGUGUGUCGUAGCGACUAAUGUAAGCAGCAGCAAUCCGCAAUUUACAGGUGAAACUCACAGAUCAGUUAAAAGCACGAACGAGGAAAAGGAUUCUCGUGUAAUCGGCAAGGAGGCAUCACGAGCAGACAGAGGAAAAAAGAAAAAAUGAUCAAAACUUAUUAUUAUUACUCUCUUUUCAACGUUUCUGGCAUUUUGGACUAUUCAAUUUUCUACGAUUUACGCGUAUAAUAAUAUUCAGAAUUAUUCCUUCUCUCUUUUCUAUC